ACCGCCGCCGCCACCUGACAGGUAGGAGCUGUCCCGGUCAGGCAUGGCGCUCGGCCCCGCUCAAGGAGAACAUAGCACUCAUGUGUAUGAGGGGGGCGUUGACGUGACCUGGCAAACAUUCACACGUACAGGCCCAGUGUGCACCUUGACCCAGAGGAUAUCCUGUGCCUUCUCAGCGGUUGAAGCCUAGGUGCACAAAAGCCGAAGUAAGACAAAAGAGCUUUGCAGCUUGAUGCACUUUUAUCGAGACAAACGGAGAUUUAAGAUUUCUACAGAGCAGAUAAAAGAGAGACUGGAAACAUUAACUCGCAAGCCUGACAAUGAUGGAAGAGGUACAAGAAGUGAGAUCAGCCCUAAGUGUCCAUGGUCAUGACAUCAAGGUAACAGACGUGCUAAGGGACGGCGAUGCACUUACCUUUGUGAUUGUUUCUCAGAAGCUGUCUGGGACAGGGGAGUACCAUGUGGACCGGACCUAUGAUGAUUUUGAAUGGCUGCAGCAGCACCUGUUCUCUCAGGAGGAUGUGCCCGGGAUACAGGGAGUCAUUUUUCCUCCAAUUCCUGCAAAGCCUCAGGUGAAUGCAUCUGCCAAGGUGUUGAAACAACUUGGUUUCCUUGGUUUGGGAGAGUGGCAGCCGUACUGUAAAGCUCUGGAAACCUUCCUGCGGCAGGUUGCUUCACAUAGCAUGUUGGAAAAAAAUAAAGCUGUGGAGAUCUUCCUUACAAGCACAGAUCCUCCAGGUAGACAACGGGCGAGGAAAAACAUUUUCAACCGGCUGAGUCAAGCUGUGGAGGAGAAGAGGAAAGAAGGCCACAAGGAUGUUGAUGAGUUCUUUCAAGCGGCACGUGACCAGAACCUCAACCUAACAGGCCAUUCAAAGAACGCAGCAGAGAGAUUCCUGGAUGUUGUGCUAACCGAGCAAAAAAUAGCAGUGGCUUGUGGACACUUCUCUGCUGCUCUGCAUCUCUGUGUGGAAGCAGGGGAGGAUCCUGACAAACAGGCCUUUUCAAGGAUUUGUGUGAAACUAUCAGAAGUCUUUGAAUCUAUGAAGAAAAAUAUGACGAGUACGGCUGCGAACGAUGUGAGCACUCUUGGACUGGGCCUAGACCUGGAGUCACGCUACCAGGAGGCAGAAAAGGAAAUGCUGUUCAGGAGAACCUGUAAACUUGUGGAGCUGGAGACUGCGAGGAGGAAUGCAGAGAAGGCCAAGCCUGUAAAGAAGACUGCCAUGGAGGAGGUGAAGAAAGCAGCAGAGACGGAGUUUGAUCAGAUUUGUGGAGUUGCUAAACAGGAGAUUGCACGGUUUGAGGGGGUCCGUGUGGAGAUCCUGCAGCAGGCGCUUGUUCAGUGGUGUGAACAGCAGCUUCUUACGGCCAAAGAAAGUGCUGACCAGUUCAACCAGUACCUUCAGGCCUUUAGAGGGAUGGCCUAGUGACCUCACCAGCAGCCUCUUAAUAAAGCCCCCUCAGUGUGUCUAAACAUAGAACAGCAUGGGAUAACCUGAACCAUGUCCUUCACGCGUGGUAUCAUCGCCUGAUGCUUUAACAUCAUCCAGUUACAUCCAGUGUAAACAAAGACAUGUAAAUGAAAGACAAAGGAAACUUUCCUUGAAAAUUAAAGAGCAACCCUAUAAUAUGUAAACACACAAACACACUCAUAGUGAGGACACUCAUUGAUAUAAUACAUUGCCUAGCCCCUUAGCCUCACCUUAACCAUCACAACUAAAUGCCUAACCCCAACCCUUACCCUGAUCAUAACUUAAACCCAAUUCAAACCCGACCCCUAAAACCAAGUCUUUACCCUCAAACAACCCUUUGAAGGUGUGUCAGAAAGUGAGGACUGGCCAAAAUGUCCUCACUCCAUUAGAAUGGUUCUCACAAUGAUAUUUGUACAAGAACGCACGCACGCACGCACGCACGCACGCACGCACGCACGCACGCUUUACUUCAAUCUCUCCUCACUCACACUCUCGCCAAUAAAGCCCUGGCCGAAAUGAUUGAUUUGAAAAUCGUAGCGGAGGACUUGUCGUCUGCUAAGGCUAUUUGUGUGUGUGUGUGUGUGUGUGUGUUCAUGUUCUAUGCCACACUCAUGCAUUUCUGCUGAGUGUGUAUUGUGCUGCUCUCUAGCCACUACAUCCCGCCAUAGGGUCACACAAAAUAAAGUGUGAUGAAUUGAUCGCCAAAGUA